AUGCGAAUCUUUAAAGAGAUUCAUCUUAUCUUCAUCAUUACCUUUCUUGGUGUAUUAGCAAAGGAAGAAUGUGACGAUACGAAAUAUAUUGUAUCGAAAUGUUAUAAUUAUAAAAAUGAAGAUUAUCAAUGGUUAAUUGAAGUGCCAAGUAAUAAAGCAUCAUGUUCAGGCAAAUCACUUUCUGAGCCACUAUCUGUUCCGUGCAAUUUUGCUUGUGCAAAAGGAGAAACAUUUGAUAAAAAUACACUUGGCUGUAAAGAUUGUGAAACUGGAACAUUUUCUCUUGGUGGUGGUCAUCAAUAUACAUUCGAUGAACUUGAUGGUCUUAGGGGAAUACCAACCGAUAUUUCUCUCAAAGCAACAUCAUUAGUUAGUUCAUAUGAAACUGAAUGUAAAAAAAAUACUGUUUGGCAUGUCAAAGGUAAUGUAUUGCAAGGUGAUGUGCAACAUAAUUGUGCUAUUUCUGUCUUGAUUCGAUUUAAACUCCAACGUGCUGGAGCAAUUAGUAUAACAUAUAAUUUACCAACAUCCUAUGUAUUCGCAACUAUGUCAUCACAAUGUGACUUUGGUACGGAUGAUAAAGAUAAUGAUGGAGAUGAUGAUGAUGAUGAUGAUGAUAAUCAAAGUGAUCCAAGAAAAAAAGUUGAUUAUAUGCUUAAACCGACAGGCUAUGGUGUUUGGCACGAAAAAACAAUUAAAAUUGAUACAGCUGGAGAGUAUGAACUUGCAUUAUAUACUUUUGGAAUAAAUGCAUUUCAUUUUCCAUUUUCAAUUCGAUCAAUUGUUGUUGAAGGAAGUGCAUUUAUUCAAGAAUGUAUUACAUGUCCACCAGGUACAUAUGCUGCCAAGUCAAAGUCUAGUACUUGUACACCUUGUCCAAAAGAUACAUAUACAGCAGAUGAAGGUUCUACUAAAUGUUUACCAUGUCUAGGUGGUUACUAUGCAGAUGAAGGAUCAUCAAAGUGCACAAAAAGACCAGUAUGUGAAGCAAAACACUUUCAAAAAGUAUUUACCGGAUGUGAUAAAUCUAAUGUGGCAACUGUUGAAUAUCAACCAAUUCAACCAAAAAUUUGUAUAGGUGAUGCUCCUUCGGCAGAGAUGAAGCAAUCACCUUGUGGUACAUGUAAUCCUGGAAUGUAUAAAAAUAAAAACACAAAUACAUGUGAAUUCUGUCCGUCAAAAACUUAUUCAAAUGGAACAGUAGCUGAGUGUGUAAAAUGUACAAAUGAUUUAUCACUUGUACCUGGCUUAUAUUAUAAAAUUUGGAAUGAACUUCCAAUGUUUCUUAAGAGAAGUUAUAUAUCAUUUGAUCAAACUAAUGCUAUAAAUCUAGAUUAUCAUAGUCAAAGUUGGAUACCAAGUAUAGAAUAUAUAUCAUCUCAAGCAGUACCUGACGUUGUUUCCGCAUUGAGUUUAACAAUUACAAAAGGUUUUCGUCAAUUAGAACUAUCAAAAACUACAAAAGAAUAUGGAACAUUAUCUUUUAAGUUUUCACUUGGAUGUGAAUCAUCAUGUACAUUGUUCUUAGUAGCUCAAGAUAUUGAUGAUGAUGAUGCUGAUGAUUGGUUAGUUAUUCAUAGAUGGCAUAUGGAUAAAAAAUCUGAACAUAAAGAUAUAAUUGAUUAUAAAUAUUCAAUUACUAGUCCAGAUUCAGUUAUAUUUAACUGGCUUUUUACAUCAGAUGAUCAAGAACAAGGUACUGAUGAAGUCCGUAUCUAUGAAAUUCUUGUUACAAAUACACAAGUCGGAGGAUCUGAUCGAUGUGUUACUUGUUUAACAACGAAUCAACAAGAAACAGAAUGUAAAUCCUGUACUCCUGGAAAUAUUUUAUCAAAUAAUACAUGUAUUGCUUGUCCGAAAUCGACUAUUGCAACUCGUUUACGAUCUAAUGAUCCAACACCAACAGUAUGUGUACCAUGUCCAAGUAAUACAAUAUCAGAUGAUGGUAUAUCAUGUUAUGUUCCAUGUCAACAAGCAUUCAAUGGAAAUAUUCAAUAUGACUUGAAAGCAAUAUCAACUAUUGAAUUUCAUGGUUCAAAAUUAUUUACACAAAAAGGUAGUGGUUAUUUUCAUGUAUUUAAUGCUACUAUCUGUGGUAAUGCAAGUGUUACUUGUGCUAAAACACCGGAACCGGAUGAACCAAAACGUCGAACAAAUCAAGGUAUAACUGAUUCAAAGUUAUGUCGUAUGGGUUCUGUACCGGAACAAAAUAGUACUUUGGCAUCUGUGGCUUAUAUUGAUGAGUUCGGAGAAGAAUUACUUAAUAUUUCAUUAUCAACAUCAAAAUAUUUUCCUCCACUUCGUUCUGAUUAUAAUUUAACUGAUAUAACACUUGUUUAUCGAGCAAAUCUAUCAGCUCCUGAAACAUGUCGUCAACGUACUACCUAUUUAUCAUUACGAUGUGAUCAUCUAUAUGAUGAUAUAAAACAAAAUUUAUCAUUAAAAUAUAAAUUACAAACACCAAGUGAUUGUUCAACAGGUACUUGUGAUGGAUGUACAUUUCAAUUUCUUUUACGAACACCUCUUGCUUGUCCAACAUGUGAUGAAAGUACAAAUGGUUUUCGAACAUUUCUUGGUCCUUGCAAAUUUGGUCGACAAGAAGUUCGUAAAGUACCUUAUCCAUAUUGUUCACAUAAAUUAAAUGAAAAAGUUGAAAUACGUCGAUGUUCAAUGUUAUCACUGGAAAUUGAAAUAAUUAUUAUUUUAUUUAUUAUAAUUUCAAUUGUACUGAUAUCAUUAGUUAUUAUGUGUUGGAGAAAAAAUAGAAAACUUGAAUAUCGUUAUAUGCAAUUAGUUGAAAAUGCAAAUCCAGAUGAUGAUGCACCAGUUGAUAAUGUUUGUGCUCAAAUUAGCGAUGAAGAAUCAGGUGAUGAAAUACAAUUUAAAAAACCAUCAAAAGCAAAAAAGAUUAUGAAUGUUGUUCGAAAUGCAAUUCGAAAAAAUCCAAACAAUGACCAAUCGGAAUUUUUUAAUGGUGACAGCUUCUUAUUGACAAAUGCAUCAAAAAAUGAUGCUUAA